AUGUUAUGUCGCCUCGAUGUAGGGACAAAAUCUGGAAUUGCUUUGCUGUACAACGAGGAGACCAACAAUACCUACGACGUCUGCCUGAAACUGACCAAAGAGGUAUUAACCAUACAGAAGCUGGACGUGGUUUGCACCAGUGAAAGUGAAUCCCCCGUAAAUCACAGAACUGUUGUACUGCGACGACAGGCGACUGGCGGGCUGGGCUUAAGCAUCAAGGGAGGUGCAGAGCACAACGUGCCGGUGGUUAUUUCAAAGAUUUUCAAAGAUCAAGUAGCCGAUCAGACGGGGACGCUGUUCGUCGGGGACGCCGUGCUGCAGGUCAAUGGCAUAAAUGUGGAGCCCUGCACACACGAGGAAGUUGUUCACCUCCUGCGCACCGCAGGCGAUGAGGUCACCAUCACCGUUCGCUACCUGCGAGAAGUUCCAUCAUUUCUCAAACUGCCUCUAGGUUCUCCCGGGCCGUCCUCCGAUCACAGCCGAGUGUCCUCGCUCCUCUUUGACAGCGGCUUACAUCUCAAUGGAAACGGGAACAACACAGCUCCGUCGCCGCCUUCGCCCUCAGCCAACGGGCCAAAGUAUGAGAAGCGCUGGCUGGACGCCGUCUCGCUGCCCUUGUUGAUGGCCAGAGUCUCCAGAUACAAAGCCGGCACCGAUCAAUUAAGGUCCAACUGUUUUGAAGUCUUCGCCUUGGAUGGAGCCGGCGCCAAUAUUCUUCAAUGUUGCACCGCUGCAGAAAGCACCGACUGGCUGCAAGCAAUAUCCACAAACAUCCAUGAGCUGACACGGGAGAACAUAAAGAUCAUCAACAAGUUCUGCUCUUCAGAUGACCAGAUUGUUCACAUGGGCUGGGCGUGUGAAAGCCACGAGGGCAGCGCCGCUGGGAGAACCUCGGCAUUCAAGUAUCUGGCACUGAGAGGACCAUAUUUUAAUAUCUUCACAAGCCCCCCGCUCAGCGCCGGCGACUGGGGCCCAGCAGAAACAACGUACAACCUAUAUGAGGUUCUGUUCAAGGUCCACAAGCUGUGGAUGGCCGAGGACUGCUGGCUGCAGGCGAGGCUCUACUUGGGGCUGGAGCACUCGCUCGAGCAGCAGGACGUGGAGUCCCUGUGCUUCAGUAUUCUGGUCGGGCACGGCCAGAGCCACACCUUCCGGGUGGAGCUGGCUACGGACCUGGCCGUCUGGGAGAAGUCCUUCCAGAGGGCCGUCUGCUGGGAGGUGCAGCGGAUACGAUCCAAAAGCUACAUGUGCAGCAGCCAGGGAAACGUGCUGUGCUUCACCCUGGAUUUCAGAUCAGGGUUCACCUGCUCGGAAGGAACUUCUAAGACCGCACUGUGGCGAUAUAAGUUCUCUCAACUUAAAGGCUCCUCCGAUGACGGGAAAACCAGGGUAAAGCUCCUCUUCAAGAAUGCUGAAAGCAACCAAAUAGAGAUGAAGGAACUGGAGUUUGCUAACCUAACAGCCGUCCUUCACUGUAUACAUUCUUUUAUCGCUGCCAAAGUGGCCUCCAUGGACCCUCUCUUCAUGUGCAGUCAAAGCCUACCUGGAAAUUACAUGAACACUUAAGAAGACAUGUGGCAAAUAUCAGCAGUAUUUUAUUUUCUGCACAGAGACAAUAUAUAUGUAUAUAUAGUGUUCUUGCUAUUUUUGUAUGACCUACUGAACAUAAUACAUAUUUGUAGAAGAUUGUACAAGUAGAAAAUGUAUGAAUUAAUUGUGGAAUGAAGAUGUUAUUUGAUUUCUGAGAAGAUCCAAACAGAUGAACAGCUUUUCCUUUUCUUUCACAUCGUUGUCCUCGUUACAUCGCGGAAGCUCGGCAGUUUUCUUCUCGUGUACUUGGCGCUUUGAAAGGCGGCGUCCGUGCUGCCAGAUGGCGUAGAGCCGCCAUACGUUUGACAACAGGACACGAAUCGCUAAACAUAGAAGCUGCCUCUAAUCUCAGUGCUGUAUCUAUGAAGAAUAAUGAUAACAGACAUCAUGAAUCUGAUGCUGGCUACCUGUCAUGGAAGGGAUGCACAUUCGUGACAGACUUUUCUCAGAGAUUUUCCUCACUUUAUAUUCACAGUUGAACAGUAAUGAAAACCUUUCUCUGUUUCCAGUUCCUCUGGUUUGCUCCAUGUCUCAUGUCUGUGAACACAAACAACACAAUAAAAUGCAGCCAAAAGCCUCAAAAUAUCCACUGAGCUGAAUCCACAUCUCGCUGAUUAAAUUGUAAGGUGUUUGUGCAAAUGUGACCAUUGUUUUCUAUCAAAUAAAGGCAAAA